UGGAGGGCGGGGCUGGGAGGCGGCGGGAGUUUGCCUCCCUUCGGGGGAACCUGCUUGGUCGCCGGGCGGGCUUGCCUCGAGCUUGGAGUUUGAGGGUCUCUCGGGCUCUCCGGUGCCCCGACUCUCCUCCCAGACAUACCAACCAGUUCUCUCUCCCCUUUGCUGUAAAAUAUUGGGCAACUUACUUAAUCUGUCCUUGUCUUAGUUUCCUCACCGCUGUAAAGGGUUAGUGCGUUUCCGAUGAUGUUCUUGUGAGAAUUAAAUGAGAUUAUAUAGAGCGCUUAGAAACAGUAUCCUGUACGUAGCAAAUUGUUGGAUGCUACCGUUAAUUCUGUGGUAGUACUUAAAACAGGCGCCUAUUGUUUGGAAGCUUGUCGGAGCCCGGGAUGAGGUCAGAACUCCAGCUGCAGAGUGACUGUCCUUUCUCCAUCUUUGCCCGAUGGGGGGCUGUACCUGAAUUCCUGGACUUUUCUAGCUUAGAAAUUUCACCUUUCCAGAACUCUGCCAUUUCCCGGAAGGAAGAGGAGAAAAAUGACCAAGUUCCAGGAGGCAGUGACAUUCAAGGAUGUAGCUGUGGCCUUCACUGAGGAAGAGCUGGGGCUGUUGGACUCUGCCCAGAGGAAGCUGUACCGAGAAGUGAUGCUGGAAAACUUCAGGAACUUGGUCUCAGUGGGACAUCAGUCCUUCAAACCUGAUAUGAUAUCCCAAUUGGAGAGAGAGGAAAAGCUUUGGAUGAAGGAGAUCCAAACCCAAAUGGGUAGAUAUUCAGGAAGCAGGAAUCAAAAUGAGGUGGAGACUUUUCAUGAAGCAGGAUUAAAGUGCCUUUCACUGGGAGAGCUUUCUUGCUGGCAAAUCAAGAGACAUGUUGUGAGCAAAUUAAUCAGAAGUCAAGACUCCAUGAUAAAUAUUCAAGGAAAGAGUUCUCAGUUCAGGCAAUAUGAUUCCUCCUGUCAAAUGGGAGCAGGAGAAGCUAUUCAGACUUCUGUGGAUGACAUCUGUCUAGUGAAUCUUACUGGAGAUCAUUCUAAUAUCACUGAAAAUCAAGAAUUUCCAACUGAGAAAGUUCAGAAUUCUUGGAGUAAAAUAUGUCUGAAUGAGACACAGAAUUAUCAAAGAAUCUGUAAACAGACUCAGAUGAAAAACAAAUUAUGUCUUUUUGCUCCAUGUGUUGACAUUUUCAGUUGCAUUUCACACCACCAUGAUGAUAUGGUGCACAAAGGAGAUAAAGCUCUUAGCAGCAGUGAUUAUAGCAAAGAUUUCCUAAAUGUGUCACCUCUUACCCAGUGUAGUAUUCACACAAGAAAGAAAACCUACCAAGGUAAUGAAUGUGAAAAAACCUUCACUGAUGGCUCCAAUCUUGAACUUCAUGAGCAGAUACACUUGGGAAAGAAGUCCCCUACAUGUAGUCCACGUGAGAAUGAUACCAGUUACAGCUCAGGUAUUCCUGUUCAACAGAGUGUUUACAUAGGAAAGAAACGCUAUUGGUGUCAUGAAUGUGGGAAGGGUUUUAGUCAGAGCUCAAAUUUGCAAACUCAUCAGAGAGUCCACACAGGGGAAAAACCCUAUACGUGCCAUGAAUGUGGAAAGAGCUUUAAUCAGAGUUCACAUCUUUAUGCUCAUUUGCCUAUUCACACAGGAGAGAAACCAUAUAGAUGUGACAGUUGUGGGAAGGGCUUUAGUCGGAGCACAGAUCUUAACAUCCAUUGCAGAGUUCACACUGGAGAGAAACCUUAUAAAUGUGAAGUGUGUGGGAAAGGCUUUACUCAGAGAUCACAUCUUCAGGCCCAUGAAAGAAUCCACACUGGAGAGAAACCAUAUAAGUGUGGGGAUUGUGGUAAACGCUUUAGUUGUAGUUCAAAUCUUCAUACCCAUCAGAGAGUCCACACUGAAGAAAAACCAUACAAAUGUGAUGAAUGUGGUAAGUGUUUUAGUUUGAGCUUUAAUCUUCAUAGUCAUCAGCGAGUCCACACAGGAGAAAAACCAUAUAAAUGUGAAGAGUGUGGUAAGGGUUUUAGUUCAGCCUCAAGUUUCCAGAGCCAUCAACGGGUCCAUACAGGAGAGAAACCAUUUCGAUGUAAUGUGUGUGGUAAAGGCUUCAGUCAGAGUUCGUAUUUUCAAGCCCAUCAGAGAGUGCACACUGGAGAGAAACCAUACAAAUGUGAAGUGUGUGGGAAGCGCUUUAAUUGGAGCUUGAAUCUUCACAAUCAUCAAAGAGUACACACAGGAGAGAAACCCUAUAAAUGUGAGGAAUGUGGUAAGGGUUUCAGUCAGGCCUCAAAUCUUCAAGCUCAUCAGAGUGUUCACACUGGGGAAAAACCUUUCAAAUGUGAUGCAUGUCAGAAGCGAUUCAGUCAGGCCUCACAUCUUCAAGCCCAUCAGAGAGUCCACACUGGAGAGAAACCAUAUAAGUGUGAUACGUGUGGUAAGGCCUUCAGCCAGAGGUCAAACCUUCAAGUCCAUCAGAUUAUUCACACUGGAGAGAAACCAUUUAAAUGUGAGGAGUGUGGGAAAGAAUUUAGUUGGAGUGCUGGUCUUAGUGCUCAUCAGAGGGUCCACACAGGAGAGAAACCCUAUACAUGUCAGCAGUGUGGGAAGGGCUUUAGUCAGGCCUCACAUUUUCACACACACCAGAGAGUCCACACUGGAGAGAGGCCUUACAUAUGUGAUGUCUGCUGUAAGGGCUUCAGUCAGAGAUCACAUCUUGUCUACCAUCAGAGAGUCCACAUUGGAGGGCAUCUAUAGAAAUAUGAAAUGUAUAGCUUUCAUCUCCAUUUGGAAGUUGCUUAUGAAAAGCUCCUUCAGCAUUCAGAAGCUUCAAAGAAUCUUCACAGGAAGGCUCUCUAAAAUGCUAUAUUUUAAGGACUCAUUUGGGGGAUGAAUUCUUUACAAAUAUCAGAUUUCACAGAUGAGAGAAAACUGUGUUCUAUCAAUACGGUCAGCAUUUAUACCAGAGUUCCAAAGCACCCCAAUUACUAAGAUGCAACACAGAAGAAUCUUACUGGAAUCUACCCAAUAGGACUUUAAUGGAAGUAUAUACUUUAACAAAAGUAUGUGAUUGACAGAUGAAAUUAAUGUCAAGUGAAAUGUAAUCUCCAUGUAGGAAGAUGUUUUUCACCUCUGUAUAUCUACCAUGUAGACCUAUGCUUGGCUUGUAAUAGGGCCUAGCAAUUAUUGAAGAAAAUGGAUAAAAUCCAUAUAACUAGGAUAAAUAUUUGGAAAUUCUCAUCAGUUCUUUAUCCUAAAUUUAUAUUAAUUUAUAAAUCAAAAGGAAUUCUGCACGUAGCCUUAAUAACAUUACUUUCAGGAAAUAAAGUACAUAAAAUUACGUAGUACUGCCAUCCACAAUGAAUCAAGUUUGGAGAAAAGACCUGAAUGGCUUCCAUCCUUCAUUCAGCCUCAGUUCUCUGUACAGUGUUAUCAAUUGUGUACAAUAUAAUUUUUAGUAUCAUUAGUUUAUACUUGAUGGAUUUUAAAAUAAUGUUUUAUGAGUAACAUGACACAACUGACAAUUUAUGCAGAUGGAAUUUUUGGACCCUUAUAUAUUAAGGGAGAGUUUUACUAUAACUCAAAGUAUUAAAAGAAGUUACUGAUGACAAAAAGUUUUCUUAGUAAACUUGGAUUGCUAAUAA